AUGCAGCUCCUGGUGAGGGUGCCGUCUCUUCCGGAGCGGGGCGAGCUGGACUGCAACAUCUGCUACCGGCCCUUCAACCUCGGGGACCGCGAGCCCCGCCGCCUCCCCGGGACGGCGCGCGCCCGCUGCGGCCACACGCUCUGCACCGCCUGUCUGCGCGAGUUGGCGGCGCGUGGCGACGGCGGCGGGGCGGCCGCGCGCGCAGUGAGUCUGCGCCACGUCGUCAUGUGCCCCUUCUGUCGCACGCCCACCCUGCUCCCGCGCGGCAGGGUCACUGAAGUCACUGUCAACCCGGACUUGUGGUCACGCUUGGAGGCAACAGAGCGGGCCGCGCACGAAUCUAAUGGGGCGGGUGGUCCGGUUCGGGAAAGCGGUGAUGCGGCCGAGAGGCCGAUGACUGGAAACGGAGAGAAGGGGGCGGGGCCUAGGAGCGCGGGAUGGCGUGAGCUCCUGCGGCCCUGGGCCCGGGUGCUGGCACCCGCGCGCAGGUGGCGGCGGCCGCUGCCUAGCAACGUGCUGUACUCUCCACAGAUCAAGGACUCGGCCCACAUGACCCGCUGCACGCUGUAACCGCGGAACCCUGAACCUACGGCAGAAGAAUGGUGGGAGCUGCAUUCUCGGGGCGCGCUGUACUACGAGGAACUGGUGCCAAGCCCACCCCCUGUCAUGUCCUGGAGUGUCACGGAUGAGGGAGGUGAGCCAAGGGCAGAAGGGAACGCCCUGGGAGGUGUUGAUGCUGCGCUGGGGAGGCUCCUAGACGAAUCGCCCCCAUCUACCGAUUGUGCCAGCCUUGCAUAUUCAGGAUGGAAUGGCCCAGGGAGGAUAGAAACAAAGUCUACGUUCCCGUGGGAAGCAGACAAUUUCCCUAGCUGUGACUUUGGCUUUUGUCCAGGGCAGCUCUGAUGUGUGGGAGCAACAGGUCCCAUUUUAGCAAUUCUGUGUCAAUGAUUUGAAAGUUUAAAAAAGAUGGAACGGGAGAGAAGAGGCUGAUUUCCAUGUCAUAUUAAUCUCACUUCUCUAGCACCUAAGAGAACUGAGAAAAAUAAACCGUACCCACCCUACUCCCUCCGCUGGUAUGCCUACUAGUGUCCCCCUUCCCAGUACUGUGUUCCUAAAAUUGUCAAGAUGCAUCCCCACCUAUGAGAUUAGGAGCCUCGCUUCAUUUCAGAAUCUCCCUUCAACCUGUUGGGGCAGGUAUGACGACGUCCAGAGGGCAUCUAUCCGAGUCACCUCACUAGGGCCUGUCAAGGGGAGGAGGGAGAGCCAUUUGGCUAUGGCAGUGGAUUGUAAACUUCUGAUAUUAUUUUUACAGCCACAAGGAAACACUGUCACUACUGAAAAAAGAUGCUCAUCAUACAAUUUUAAACUUGUGUCCCAUAUUUAGACAUCACCUAUUUCAGGGCAGGGGUUCAAUUUAAAAGUCCUGUUCGUAUCUUGUGAUCGUAGAGUUACAGUCAAGGACCAGCAGCAUCGGCAUGACUGGAGCUUGUUGGAAGUGCAAAAUCUCAGGAUUUCACUUCUGACUUACUGACUUAGACUCUGCAUUUUAACAAGAAUCCCAGGUGAUCAUUUAAGUAAAAAUUUAAGAAGCACUGGUCCAGGUCCUAGACUAUGUUACAUUUUCCCCUGAGUUAAAAAGGGGGAACUUAUUAAGAAUAAACCCCAAUUUUUCUAUGUUUUUACCUUUUUCCUUUCGUUAAGUCUCAGCUUAAAUAUUCCCUCUUUGGGGAGGUCUUUCUCGGCUUUCAAUCUGGUGUAGCCCCCUCCCUCACCCUCUGUAAUACAAUGCCUUGUUUUAUUUUUUCACUACUUUUAUUUUCUGAUAUGUGUUUUGUUGGUGUCCUGCACUACAGUGUAAGCUCCAUGAUAGCAGUGACUAACUUGUGACUGUUGUAUCUCCAAGGGCAACAGCAGUGUUUUUAACAUGUACUCAAUAAAUGCUUGUUGGAAUUACA